CAAAAUCUGUCGAAACAACGGGAAUUGGUCAAAACAGAAAACAGUUUUCUCCAUAUUAGGCACUCGAAAGGAUGGAUGCAGUUCCCGGACGAAAGGCACAAAUGGCAUCUGGAUCGGCGCCUGACCUCACCUACUGCCAGCCAUGCGCGGAGGACGGCAAGAAAAUCCUCCCUGAGGCCUUCUGUCCCGUCUGUAAGGAGUUCUUGUGUUCUAACUGUGCCCGAGUACACCGAAACCAGAAAAUAACCAAAAGUCACGCCCUCCAGGACAAGGACAGUAUGCCUUCCUCAUUCCGCGAAGAGAGUGAAGAUGAAAAGUUUACAGAAACAUGUCAGCGUCAUGCUCAAGAGUUCAUAAAAUAUUACUGUCUUAAUCAUGAGACACUUCUGUGUGGAGACUGCUUGGUUGAAAAAGCUCAUCGCUCAUGCAAUAUUGAAAGGAUUUCUCAAGUUGCAAAACGGUACAAGGAGGGUGCAGAAUACAACAGCCUGAAAACAGGACUUGUCCAGACGGCCACUGACAUUGGCAAACUAUCACACAACAUACAGGUGAUCAUGAAAUCAGUUGACGAAGAAAGCCUUACCAAUAUCAAUGAGCUUCGCAAAUUUAGGACUGAAAUUAACCAGUACCUGGAUAAAAGGGAAAAUGAACUCUUGCCAGACAUUGAUCAGAAGAAACGAACAUCUAAGACACUGCUAGAUGAACUGAAAUCAAAAUGCACAAACAUGAAAUCAUCCAUUGAGAAACUAAAGUCGGAGUUACAAGCACAGGACGACAAUAGCAACCAGCUAUUAAUAGUAGGAAAACGAGCUAUAAAAGAGCUGGCAGGUCUCCAGGCAGCCCUGGAAGAUGUGAGCCGGAGGAAUGAAGUUCCCCGAUACAAGUUUCACAGGGACCCCGAAACUUAGAAGAUAAUAGCUUCCGAAAAAACAAUAGGACGGUUGGAAGAGGACGAAUCAACGUCGGCGUUAGGACAGCAACACCGACAACAACAAACGAAGCAGGAACAACGGCAACAGGAGACGAUGCAACAACACCAAAAACAGAUGAAAGCUGUAUCACAAAAAGGCGAAUCAACUGCUGCUGCAGGGCAGCAAGAACAACAACAACAGAAGGAGCAACAACCACGGCAACUCGAGACUAUGCAGCAACAACAAAAACACAUGCAAGAGUUAUCACCAAAAGCUUUAAACCAGUGCCGAGCAGACCUAAGCCAAUCCCAGUUUAGCAAGCUGCCUUACAUUCCAGUGAAGACGGCAGCCGACACCAGUGAAUGCUUCCUGGCCAGUAUGGCCCUCCUGUCCAGAGACAGGCUCCUACUGGCUGACUGCCGCAAUUGCUCAGUAAAGCUCAUGGACACCACUACUAACAAUAUGAUGUCUCAGGUGAAACUGCCAGGUGAGCCAUGGGGCAUGUGUCUCCUGCCCGGGGACAGAGCAGCCGUCACUCUACCUUGGGUGAAGAAGAUACAAUUCGUAUCUACUCAGGGAAAUAUCACACUUCAGGAAGUUGUUAAUGUAGAUGGACAAUGUCAUGGAAUAGAUUUCUUCUGUGAUGACAACCUGAUAGUGUCCUCUACCAACCCAGCCAAGGUUGUGUUGAUUCACAUAAAGGGAAAGGUGAAGAAGAGUGUGGACAAAGACAGCAGUGGAAAACCUUUGUUUCAGAAACCCGAGUAUCUGACAGUGACUAGAGAGAGUCAGACUCCACCGGUCAUAUAUGUCUCGGACAUGGACACCAACACCAUUAUCAAGCUGAACAUCUCACUAGAGGUCCUCCAGUCGUACCAAGACCCGAUACUGAAAUACCCACGUUGUCUGGCAGCCGUGGGGGACAACCAGCUGCUCGUGUGUGGGAGUGACAGUGACAACAUCCUGUUACUGGACACGCUCACUGGCAAGAUAACCCAACUGCUGGGAGAGGAAGAGGAGAUAGAGAUGCCACAAAGCGUGACUUACUGUUCACUGAAGAAGAUGUUGUUUGUCACCUGCUGGCACUAUGGCAGAUGUUAUUCGGAUAAUAUCGUAAAAGUAUUCUACUCAGUAUAGAUCAAGUCUGCCAAUUAAUAUGAGUGAAAUCUGUAUCAGGUGUGAAGUAAUUGUAAUGUUUAAGAAUAAUUUUAAUAUAAAGUAUCAUACUGACAAUACGCUUAUACAAUGCUUUAUUUCACAUAUCGAGCGAUUCAAUUACUGUGGGAGUGUUUGACGGAAACUUGACUUUUAAAUUAUUUUGAAUUCUAACAGUUAUCAUUAGUGACAAGUAGUGUAGUAAUGUGUUAUAAGAGAAUAAUAUACGAGUUUGAGAAUGUGUAUUAUUAAUUGAAAUGUUUGUAGCUGAUUGUGUAUGAAAUAUACCAAAAAGUUGG